UCCAUGGAAAUUCAUUGCUUCUUUUCCACCUACCAGUGUUUUCCUUUCCUUUCUACGAAGAAAUUGCCUAAGCUCAGCUGAGCCCUGAUAGUAAGAGCGUCGCUGGUACCUUUGGCACACAACCUUGCAAUGGCUUCUGCGAAUCGUCCAUGGGCGUCUUCUUCUUCUACUCCUGUCCGUACACGGGAUUACGAUGUUUUCUUGAGCUUUAGGGGUGAAGAUACCCGCACAAAUAUCACAGAUCAUCUCUAUGCAGCGUUGAUUCGGAUUGGGAUAGUUACCUUUAGAGACGAUGAAGGACUAUCAAGGGGAGAGGAGAUCACACCAAGUCUUGUUACAGCUAUUGAGAAGUCAAGGUGCGCUCUCGUGAUUCUCUCCGAACACUAUGCCCAUUCCAAAUGGUGUUUGGAGGAACUGGCGAAGAUCAUGGAGAGAAGGGCAGAAAUGGGAUUGAUAGUUUAUCCAGUUUUCUAUCAUGUGGAUCCUUCCAAUGUGAGAAAGCAGAGCGGCACUUAUGAAGAAGCAUUCGACAAUCAUGAAAGAAAUGGGUUUGGCCACCAGAUACAGAGGUGGAGGGCAGCUUUGAGGGAAGUGGGCAAUCUUUCUGGAUGGCAUGUGCAUGAUGAUGGUGGCAGGUAUGAGCCAGAAGUUGUUAAUGAUAUUACUCGCACUAUUUUGACAAGAUUUACUCGGAAACAUUUACAUGUUGACAAAAACCUCAUUGGGAUGGAUGAUCGUUUGAACGAAGUUAUUCCACAAAUGAUAGAUCUAUCAUCAAAUGAGGUUCGCAUGAUUGGGAUCUAUGGACUUGGAGGAAUUGGUAAAACAACCAUUGCCAAAGUUGUAUAUAAUCGAAUUGCCUCUCUUUUCAUGUUUACUAGCUUUAUUGCUAAUGUCAGAGAGGAUUCCAAAAGUAGGGGUUUACUUCGUUUACAAAAAAAACUCCUUCAUGAGUUCUUGCCAACCCGGGAGAACUUUAUAAGCAAUGUUGAUGAAGGGAUCCAUAUGAUACAAGACAGGCUAUGCUUUAAAAAUGUUCUUCUCAUUCUUGAUGAUGUUGACACUUUGGACCAAUUAGAAGGCUUGGCUGGUGAUCGCAAUUGGUUUGGUCCUGGAAGUAGAAUUAUUGUAACAACUAGAGAUAGGCAUUUGUUGGAUGUGCAUAAAAUGGAUGCAUUUUAUGAGGUUAAGAAAUUAGAUCACAUGGAAGCUAUUGAGCUCUUUAGUCGACACGCAUUUGAACAGAAGCAUCCCAAAGAAGAUUAUGAAACACUUUCAAACUCUAUGGUGCGUUGCGUUGAUGGUCUUCCUUUAGGCCUUAAAGUUUUGGGUCGUUUCCUAUUUGGCAAGACAAUACUUGAAUGGAAAAGUGAAUUGCAAAAACUUAAACAGGAACCUAACCAAGAAAUUCAAAGUGUGCUCAAGAGAAGUUAUGAUGAAUUAGAUCGCACAAAAAAGGAGAUAUUCCUAGAUAUUGCUUGCUUCUUUAAUGGAGAGGAUGAAGAUCAUGUUACAAGAAUCCUAGAUGCUUGCAAGUUCUAUGCGGCGACUGGAAUACGAGACCUCAGGGAUAAAUGCCUCAUAAAUAUUUUUGACAACAAGAUAUCAAUGCACGAUUUGUUACAACAAAUGGGACGAGACAUGGUUCGACAAGAAUGUCCUAAAUACCCAGAAAAAUGGAGCAGAUUGUGCUAUCCUGACGACGUAAAUCGUGUAUUGACCAGAAAAUCGGGAACAGAGGCAAUUGAGGGGAUACUCUUCGACUUGUCUAUACCAAAGCGUAAGCGGAUAGACAUUACUACUAAAUCCUUUGAGAUGAUGACAAGACUUAGGUUGCUCAAAAUCUAUUGGGCUCAUGAAUCUAUUUCUAUGAGGGAGGAUAAUAAAGUAAAGUUGUCCAAAGACUUUGAAUUCCCUGCUUAUGAGCUAAGAUAUCUCUGCUGGCAAGGAUAUCCUUUGGAAUCUUUGCCUUCAAGUUUUUAUGCUGAGGACCUCAUUGAACUUGACAUGUGUUACAGCAGCUUAAAACAACUUUGGGAAAGCGACGAGCCUCUUGAAAAGUUAAAUACUAUCAGAGUUAGUUUCUCUCAGCACCUCAUGGAAAUUCCAGACUUGUCAGUUAGGGCUCCAAAUCUGGAAAAACUAAUUCUUGAUGGUUGUUCAAGUUUGCUUGAGGUUCACCCAUCUAUUGGAAGGCUGAAGAAGGUUACUGAAUUGAAUCUAAAAAACUGCAAAAAGCUUAGCAGUUUUCCAAGCAUCAUUGACAUGGAAGCACUCAAAAUUCUUAAUUUUGCUGGCUGCUCAGAGCUCAAGAAGUUUCCAGAUAUUCAAUGUAAUAUGGAACAUUUAUUGGAGCUUUAUUUAUCAUCAACUGCUAUAGAGGAACUUCCGUCUUCAAUUGGGCAGCAUAUCACUGGACUUGUUUUAUUGGAUCUGAAAAGGUGCAAAAAUCUUACGGGUCUUCCCACAUGUAUUUUUAAGUUGAAAUCCCUUGAAUAUCUCAUUCUGUCUCCUCCUCUUGGGAGUUUGGGUGACUCUGGAUCAAGAGUAGGAGGCAAUACAGUUGAGAGAAGCAGUGACGGGGCAGGGCCCAGUGGAAGUGGAAGUGGGCACAGUUCUGUUGGCAGCAGUCAGCAUUCCAGGAAUGAUCCCUUGCUGAAGCGCAAGUGCAAAUAUUUCCCAGAAUGA